AUGAUCAACAAAUCUUAUGCUUUUGGGGUAUACCAGAUUAAUCAAAGCAGAUAUGAGGUGGCUGGCCAAAUAAAAAAUGGUAUAGUAAACUUGGAAAGCCAUUACUGCUUGUAUGGGAAACGGAAAUUGGCGGGUAUACCUUGUACUCAUGCUAUGGAUGUAUUCAAGAAACUGAGAUAUCAACACUGCAGUGCAUGGGUGUCAUCGUACUUUAUAAUGGAAAAAUAUAUAUCAACAUAUGUAGAGGUUGUGUUACAUGUGCCAGUUCCAACUAAAUAUGAAGAACCGGAUGAAGACAUGGUUGUAUUGCCACCCUUGAUGGACAAACGACAAGUCGGAAGACCUAAAAACCAAAAUUGUAUCCCAUCCAAAGGUGAAGCUCCGAUUAAAAAAAAUGCAUUCCGUGCUAAAGGAUCGGUCAUGUAA